AUGACUGCAAAUUUUGACGUUAUUGUUGUUGGUGGUGGUGUAGCUGGUCUCUCAGCUUGUUUAAUGCUUUCAAGGUGUGCGCUAAAGGUUCUUUGCAUCGACUCUGGCAAGCCUUGUAACAGUUCUGUUAACCAUACCCACACCUUUUUGACUCAAGAAGGUUCCUCAGCUCUGGCAAUCCGAGAUAUUAGUAGGAACCAGAUUGAACAGUAUAAGAAGGUUGAGUUCUAUUCUGGUACUGUUGAUGACAUUGAAAAGUUGAGCCCUAAUCAGUUCAAACUACGUGUGAAUGGUAAUAACUAUUUCAUCACAUCACAAAUAGUAAUUGCUAGUGGUGUAACAGAUUUAUUGGAGGAAAGCAAAAUUGCAAAUUUAGAUAAAUUUUGGGGACAUUCUGUAUCUUCUUUUGCAUUCAGUGAUGGGUAUGACUAUAAAGAUAAAAGGGCUGCUCUCAUAAAUAGCCUACCUGGGUGUGUGUCUGAGAUAGCUCCAUUAACUUCUUACUUUUCCAAAGAAUUGACCGUGAUGACGAAUGGUGGAUUUGACAAGAAUGAAUCGGACUUGAGUAUAACAAAUGAAUGUGAGAAGAAUGGCGUUGAUGUUAUUCAUAAAGAAAUCAAGUCCUUGAAUGGUCAAGGACGUAAGCUCAAAGAAGUUGAAUUUACUGAUGGCUCUAAGUUUGAACUCGAUGUCAUAUAUUAUUACCCACCCUUUAAGGUCAAUGGGGAAGAAUAUCUAAAAAAAUUAGGCGUUGAAUUCUGCCCUGAAUUGAAUUUAAUUAAAACCGAUCUGAUGCAAAAGACAAACGUACCAGGAAUCUGUGCAGCUGGGGAUGCAUGUACGAUCAUUAGAUCAAUACCUGGAUCUGUUGCACAGGGUAGUUUUGCAGGUGCUGUUAGCGCUAAGACACUUUUCGUCGAAAUGUGGAAUAAAUGA